AACACAGGUAAAGUUGCUUGGCAGUCUACUUGCAGGCCCAGCUCUGGCAUGGUUUGUUCCACUCCUUGAAAAAGAGUUAGCACUGUUGAAUAAUUUCGAUAGUUUCAUCAGGGAGUUUGAAGCUAUCUUUGGAGACUCAGACAAGAUCAGAAUAGCAACAAACAGAAUUAGAAAACUCACUUAG